GCCCAUAUCCUUAUACUGAAAGGUGCAAGAAAUCUCUGGAGAUGGGGAACACCAAACGGAAUCUAGAAGGAGAAGGUUCGUCCAAUUUAAAAAAAAUAAAAUAAAAAGGCGAAAAUUCUAGGUUCUUCGCCAAAAGAAUCACGCCAAACCCACAAAUAAAAUAACCAAUACUGAUUUACCAAUAACCAAUACUGAAAUAGCCAAAAUCAACAGGCAGAGCUCCGAAAAAACAACCAAACAACGACGACGAAGCGAUGUUCUUCUUCUUUGCGGGUGGGUUGGAGCAGCAAGUGCGGCAGGUGCUAAAAUCCGGUGUGGGAAGGUGCAUAAACUGCGGAACACGUGCCGAUCUCGUGGAGUACGAGAAGGUUCUGAAGCUCUUCUUUGUUCCCGUCUGGCGGUGGCCAGGGAAGGAACCUCUCUUGUACUGCGACAAUUGCAGGUUCAUGUUCCCCCAAUCCUUCUCCCUUCCACCGCGGCCGCAGGAGUCGGUGUCGCUGUCUCCGGCGGCUGUUUCCGAUGCCUUGCGGUGCCGAUUCUGUGACCGGUCGGUUGAGGCCCACUUCAGGUUCUGCCCCUUCUGCGGAUCCGAACUGUGAAAUGUUAGUUGCUGAAUGUGAAAGUGAAGGUGGUUGUACUGUUUGUUAUGAGGGGCUUCGCGCUUUGUUUUUUUAACCUAACGAUGAUCUUUAUUUUCUCUGAAAUUUACUUGUAAUAGUGAUAGUUUGGGAACAUGUAUUUUGAUGUAGUAAUAUGAUUUCUGUUGCCUUGCUAACCUAAAACCAAUUCUAAAAUUGUAAAACCAAACACAUCUAAGAACCCGAUUUCACAUCCAGUUUUCGGCCAUGAUGAAAUUUGCAAAACUUGAGAAUUAUGGUGGGCGAGAUAAAAAAAAUUAAAUAAAUAAAUAAUUGUAAUAAUACAGUAUUUUUUUGAUCCGUUU